AUGGCAUCAACCAACGCUCUCCCUAUAGUUUUCUCCCCAUUAUCCCAACCAGGCCCUUCCAGUCAGCCUUUUCGUUGCCAGAUGGAAAAGGCAUCAAGACAUAAGCAACAGCGUGACCUGCAGGCCCUUACACCGCCGUCGCAGGCCAAUGAGGGGGUUGUUGCACAUCAACCUCGACAGGGACAGGCCUCUACUGACGAUGAUGGCUCAAAUUUGCCCAGUACCGGAUGGCCUGGCAGUCGGGAUAUUCGGACAGAUACGGCCAAUCUCUGCAGUAGCUUACCCUCAGAUUCGGGGAACAACCAUCAUCCACAAAAGGUCGCCAACUCCUCACAAUCGCAAUUUAUCCCGGACGGCUCUGUGAACAUAGAGCCGACAAUACUAAGCACGAUAGAUUCGCAGCUACUUAAUUUUGACUUUCUUGAGCCUUCCAGCAAUCACCAAUCGAGUCACAUGUCAACAUCGCCCUUUGGAACGAGUCUGCUCAGCUUCAACCUCGACCAAGGCAGCCCCGAAAGACUCCUUUACGGAUCGAUUGAUCUUACUCAAAGUCAGAUUGACUGGCAUCCAUCCAACAUGCAAAUCAAGACGGGCUGUGAAUUGUACUUCAAGCACGUGUCCCACUUCUUGCCUUUUCUCCACCGGCCGACAUUCAAUUCCACCGACAUCACAAGCCACUUACUGCUCGGUAUGCUUUGCAUAGGAUACCAGUAUGAUGAAGACCCAGAUUGUAACAAUCAACAAGGCUCAGGCGUGGAACUGUCCGAGAGAUGCUUUCAUCGCGCUCGUGCACUUGUCUCUGGGGAGAAAUAUAUGACAGAUGGCUCGACACAUAACCUCUCGAUUGUACAAUCGUAUCUUUUACUUGAGAUUUACGCCAUGAUGUAUCUCUGCGGAAAUCACUCGGCAUACGGACUUAAAACACACAGUAAGAUGAUAUCGCUCGCCCGGUCAAGCGGACUGUCUCUGCCGAUACCAUCAGAGCCCACGGCUACCUCUGACCUCGAUUCGUUAUGGCACACAUUCAUUGCGUCUGAGUCGCAGAAAAGAACGCUCUUCGCCGCUCACCAGAUUGACACGUUAUGGUAUCAGUUUCUCUCCAUACCCCGACAAUUCUCGCACCUAGAAAUCAAGCACGAGCUACCCUGUCCCGAGGAUCAAUGGAUGGCCUCUUCAGCGGCUGAAUGGGCGCACAAAAAGCUAGUUACCAGCAUGUCUGGUUCAGCAGUUCAGUAUCCCGAUGCUAUUCGACGCUUUUUGUCUUCUCCAUCCGAUCUCAGCUCUCUUCCUGCAUUUGAUCCCUAUGGAGCCAUAAAUAUUACUCAUUUUCUUAUAUCCAGUGUCCAAGAAGUAUCCGGUUGGUGUACUAUGACGGGGAUGAUCAGUAUGGAAAGGCUUGAACCUUUACGUACGUCCCUUCAGGCAUUGGGGGCAUUUAUUCAUUCGGAUCUGGAACACGGAAACCUGUCUCGUGGGGCCUUGUGUAAAGCUUCGUGGGAGUCUGCAAUGAUUGAGGUGCGGGUAUGGUCGCCGUCGCAUACAAGCGGUAUCGUGGGCGGGACAAUGGAUGCAUUUCUGCAACACUCGACGUAUCUGCCGCCAUCGUGCGAGUUCCUGUGCGAGUCGAAUACUGCAAAAGCCAUUAAACCCCAUAUCGACUGGUUUCUUGCCUAUCUCGACGCCCCCAUCGUACCGGAUUCGGAAGCGCCGUGGAUUAUGCUGUACGCCUUUAAGGCUUUCAUAAUUGCCUGGCAGUUGGUUCAAGGCAGUACUCUAGGGUCGAUGGAAGUUGUCGGUGUUCAAGAUGGUGAUGAUGAUGGGGCUUUGGAAUGGGCGAAAAGGGUUUUCGGGCGGAGGCGACGGUGGCAGCUUGGGAAGAUUAUUAUGACAUGUUUGGAUACACUAAAAACUUCAGUGGAAAGCUAA